AUGAAUAUUUUAGAAGAUAUUGCUUUAGAUAAAAUUGUAAAUGGAAAUAAUUUAUCCGAGUUAAAUCAUAAUCUAGAUGAAAAAUGCAAUUCUACAAAUGUUAUACCUAUUCCUGAAUCCAAUAAAAUCAAAGAAGAUAAAAAGUAUUUUAAUAAAAUUAAAGAAAUUAAGUCAGUUCUUCACAAAUCACCCAUAGACUUAAUAAAAUUAAAAUCAUUGGCUGUGUCCAAAGGAGGUUUAGUUAAUGAUAAAUUAAGAAAAAUUGCAUGGCCAUGUUUGGUUGAAAUUUCGGUAGGAAAAAAAAAAGAAUUAUUCAAUGAAGAAAAUCUUCAUAAUCAUCCAGAAUAUGAACAAGUGGUUUUAGAUGUAAAUAGAUCUCUUAAAAGGUUUCCACCUGGAAUACCUUUAGAAAGGAGAAUCAUGUUGCAAAAUCAGCUGACCUCUUUAAUUUUAAAGGUAGUUACGGUACAUCCGAAAUUAAAAUAUUACCAGGGUUAUCAUGAUGUUGCCGUUACAUUAUUACUCGUUACCGGAUUGGAAGCUGCUUAUGGUAUUUUAGAAAAAUUAUCUACUAAUCAUUUAAAAGAUUGUAUGGCGCCAACAAUGGAGAAAAUUUCGCAUUUAUUAAAUUAUAUUUACCCAUUGCUAAAGCUUGAAAAUGAAGAUGUUUAUAAUUAUUUAGAAAAAUCAGGUGUUGGGACAAUGUUUGCUCUCCCUUGGGUUUUGACUUGGUUUGGUCACAGUUUAAACCAUUAUAAAGAUAUUGUGAGACUGUUUGAUUAUUUUUUGGCUUCAGAACCUCUCACACCCAUGUAUUUAUCAGCUGUGAUAAUAUUAUUUAGAGCCAAUGAAAUAUUAAACACACCAUGCGAUAUGGCUAAUCUUCAUUCUCUUUUAUCUCAGAUUCCUGAUGAUUUACCUUUUGAGACGCUACUGGCGAAAACGACGGAAUUAAUUAAAAGGCAUCCGCCUGAAGAAAUUCAAACGGAGGCAUUAAUGAGAACUAAAUAUGAAGAAGACCAAAGAAGAAAAGAACUUGCUCUUAGAUCAAUGAGCAGGAAUAAAAAUUUAUCAUUCAUUUGGAGUUUAGUGAGACACAUUGACCCAGGGAGAAGGCUGCCUAUUUGGGUAUUCGCUGGACAAAAUCAUUUGACUAGAAAAUUUAAGAAUUACAGUUACCUUGUCGCCACAGCUACUUUCGCCGUUGGACUUUAUGCAGCAUACUUAAAAUCGGUACAAGCAACCACUUUGUAG